AUGGACGAGAGCAUGGACGAGAACGGCGAUCCCGGCCGGACCCGGAAGCGCCCCCGUCGCGAGGACGGGUUCCGAAAAGGCUCUCUGAAGCGGAUCCGAGUUGGAAAUUUUAUGACUUAUAAGAAAGUCGAGCUCGUCGCAAGGCCCCAUCUCAACAUCAUUCUGGGCCCCAACGGCACUGGCAAGAGCUCCCUGGUGUGCGCCCUCUGCCUCGGGCUGGCGGGGAAGCCCAAGCUGCUGGGCAGAGCAGACAACGUGAAGGACUUUGUGCUGAGGGGAGAACAGGAGGGAUACACAGAGGUCACGAUAAGUGGUGGUGGUGAGGAGCGUGACAGGGUCGUCAGAAGGGACCUGCACUCCAAGGACAACACGUCGACGUGGAAAAUCGAUGGCAGGCCAUCGACGAUGCAAGAAGUUGAGAAGCUGAAGGAUAAGAUGAACAUCCAACUAGACAACCUCUGCCAGUUCCUGCCCCAAGACCGAGUGGUGGAGUUUGCACGUCUGACCCCAACAGAACUCCUAUUCGAGACUGAAAAGGCCAUAGGUAACUCCAAGCUCUGUGACCUGCACCGACAGCUGAUUGAAAAGGGCUCGACUUGUUCGCAGCAAAGACAGUGUGUGGCGACGAUUGAGAAAGAGCUGGCCAAGGCAAACCAGGCACAAGAGCAGACUGAGAGGGAGGUCAAAAGAUUUGAGCACCGUGAGAGUCUGCUGAAGACGGUGGAAGUUGCAAAGGCCAAGCUGCAGUGGGCAGAGGUGCGUGUUGUGGAGGAAAGACUCAAGACAAGCAAGCAGAAGCUGAAGGCAGCAAAGCAGGCUGUGAAGACUGCGCUGGACCAAGAAAAAAAAGCGAAGAUGUGCAUUGCGCCAUUGACCAAGGAGAGAGAAAAAUGCAAGAGGGAGACUACUAUCGUUAAACAGAACUGCUGUCGGCUGACAUCAGCUAUUGAAAGACAGGCUCAACAGGCCUCCAACCAGGUGGAAAACUUGAAAUCUCAGGCUGCAGACUUGAAGAACAUCGAGUUGGAGUCAAGGGAGUACCACAAAAAGAUAAAAGCGACCGAGGAGUCACUGCGCAAGGCACAGGCAUCGCUCGACAGCCUGGGACAGGCUCCCCCUGAGCACCACAAGAAGAUGCAGGACCUUAGGAUGUUCAUCAACGACUGCAAUACAGAAGCCAGGGGCUACAGGCGAGACAUGGACAACAUCGAAACUGAAAGGUCACAGGCUCGACGGGCUCUUAAUGCCAUCCAAGACAAGUUGAAACGUCUGAAGGACGUGAAGUUGCAACGCAUAAGAAAUCUGGAGGGUCGACGCCAUGGUUUCCGUGGGCUGUUGCAAGCCUACGAGUGGCUGCAACAGAAUCAAAACAAGUUCCGUUCUCGCGUGUAUGGUCCCAUAUGUGCAGAAGUCGCAGUUGCAGACAAGCAAAAUGCUGCUUACCUGGAGGGGAAUGUCGCUCUUCAAAUAUGGACUUGUUUCGUCACAACUAACAGGGAUGACAGCCACAUGCUGCGCAGCAUGCUUACACAGGAGGGCAUUAUGCGAGGAGCAAAUGUACUGUGUUAUGAGGGCGACCCUGGUGCCCCUUUGCGGAACUCCAGCCACACGACUGCAAUUCCACAGUUUGGCAUCACCCACACACUGGAUGAAGGGUUUGAGGCACCGAAUGUUGUGAAGCAGGCUCUCAACAUCGAGUCGGGCAUAAGCAAUGUACUCAUUGGCACAAGGAAAACUGAAGGCUGCAUGGAAGAGCUGUUGAAACAGCAUCGUAAUGUCACUCGCGUUUGCACUCCGGGGGAGAUCGUGUCGGUUAAAUUCUCCAAGUAUGGGGGAGGCGUCCGGUCGACAGCCAGCAGGGCAACGCCUGAGCCAUCGUUUCUGGGCUCAUCGUCCAGUGGAGGAGAUGAACAGGAGAGUCUUUUGCGGAGCCUACGCACAGCAGAGCAGACCAUUGCGCGCUUGGAUGGGCAGCAUGCUGAGCAUGAGAGGCACUACAGAGAAGCCCAGCAGAAGUUGAACGAAGCCACAAAAGAGAGAGAGGUGCUGUCGAAACAGGAACACGGCAGGAAUGCAAAGCGCAAGAAGCUUCAGGAGAAAGUGAAGAUGCAGGAGAGGUCGCUGAAGAAGCUGUGUGAGAAGCCUGACCCCAAGGAGGAGGAACCUGAACGGCAGCAGGCCCUGAAGGAUUGCAUGGAAAGGUUCCUGAGGGAGACGAGGAAAGGCAUGGGCAAACUAAUGGAUUGGAGACCAGAGUACGAAAAGCUGACAUCUGUGUCCCUGCAUUCCACAGAGUGCAGUGCACAGCUGGCAAAGAAGAUGGAUUCAUUCAAGGACUUCGAACUGGAGGUGCAGAAACACCAGCGGAUUCACGAUCAGAUUGUGCACAUUGUCCACAGUGAUGAGCGUGAGUUAAGGAAAGCCAAGGAGGAAGCCGACAGGGACUAUCCUAUGACAAAUGAGCUGCAAGCCAAGUUUGCAGAUGUGCCCGACAACAAUGAAGAGCUUGAGGAGUUCAUAGACAACAAGCAGGCAGAGGCUGAUGGCAUCAUCUGUGCGAACUCCAGUGUGGUGGACCAAUAUAUGGCGACCCGCAAGGCAAUCGAUAAGUAUGAAAAGCAACUUCGCUCUGAGUCCUUGAAACUUCAGGACCUCGAAGCGAUGAUCAACACCCUGAAGGGUGAGUGGUUGCCAGAGCUGCGGAAGGUUGUGGAAAAGAUAAACGUCACCUUUGGGAGGAACUUUGCCAAAAUCGGAUGUGUUGGGGAAGUCCGACUGGCUGAGGAGGACAGUCAUGGUGACCACUUCGACAAAUAUGCUGUUGAAAUCAUGGUGAAGUUCCGUGAUCAAGAAGACUUGACGCCUUUGGAUGCCUCACGCCAGUCUGGUGGUGAACGCUCAGUAUCCACAAUGCUGUACCUGAUAUCACUGCAGAACGUGACAGAGACACCAUUCCGAGUGGUGGACGAAAUCAACCAAGGCAUGGAUUCCAACAAUGAACGAAAGGUGUUCGACCAGCUGGUGGAGAGUGCCAGUCUGCCAGGCACCCCACAGUGCUUCCUUAUCACACCCAAGCUGCUGCCCAACCUGUCAUAUUCUGAGAAUGUCACCACGCAUACACUUUUCAACGGCCCCAGCGUCAAAUCGAUUGUGGGGACGCCAGCCUCUGGUCUGCUGGAGAAGUUGUGUGGUUCUCGGAUCCGGCAACGGCUUGCUUGA